GCUUCAUCUUGGGAGCUGCAGUAACCGCAGUAGCAAUAUGGCUACCAUUUAUGACGUCAUUGAUGGAACUAGAUGCUGUCGCAGCACACUGCGUGCUAAUAGCGGAACAAUUUUUCAGCACUGCCAGUACUGGCAGUGUAUAUCAGAACACACCCUCAGGAGCCUUAACCAUUUCAUCCAUUGCUAUAUAUUAUUGAAAGAACUUUCUUAUUAUUUGGAAUAUUUUAAUAAGUGGAAGAAUAUAAAUAUGUUGAAAUUUCCGAAAUUACUUAUGAAUCAUGUAAAAGCGUUGGCAACGCCUACUUUACUGAGCAAAACAGAUUAUUUGUCACAACAAACACGGAAUACUUUCAUUCUUAAAAGAAGAACUGAAGUUUCUCUUCAUAAAACAAAAGCCAAACCGCAUCGCUUGAAAAACAGACAUUUUAUUUAUGAACUUGUUGAAGAUACAAAUACAAAGAGGAAGGAACCGCUUGAUUUGAUUCUAACUCAAUAUGUCGCAGGACUUGGUAAUGCAGGCACUAGAGUGUCAAUGCAUCCAAAUAAGGCAUACCCAAUGCUUUUAUUACCAAAAUUAGCAGAUUACGCUACCCCCGAGAAUAUUGAAAAAUAUACGAAAUUAGCAGUGGAUCAACAGGACAAAACACCAUUUAGUUCUGCCUCUGUAGAGAGAACAAUUAAAUAUCUAUCACCAAAGAGGAUAUCGAUUGUAAUGUCGAAAGAUGUACCAUGGACAUUGGAAAAAUGGCAUAUAAGAGCAAGUUUUCGCAAAGUCGGUAUUUUUAUGCCUGAAGACACUAUAACGAUGCCCCAAAAACCAAUAUCUGGACCAAAUCUGGAUAUAGAAGGAAAGGAAUUUUAUAUAACUAUCACAAUUAAUAAUCGCGAGCAGGUGAAGGUGAGAUGUUCUGUGCAUCAUUGGACGAGUGAUAUAGCUAGACAAAUUUUUGUUAACGAUUUUUGGAAACUACCGGCCGAGCCAAUAUUUCCCGAGGACAAACCAGUUUUAGACUCUCUUCCUUUCUACAAAAAAAGAGAGGACAAAACAGAGAAAAGUGUUUAAAUAUUAUAAUGCAAAUUGUAAUAAUAUAAAUAAAUAAUGUUCAACACGAA